ACCGACCUAGCACGCUGGUUGCGCCUUUCAUCCUGCACGCCCAGCUACUCUGGAGCAAGGGGUGGAAGGAGUCCUAACUCUUGACUGUCCCGACGAAGCCUCCUGUUCGCCCGGUGUGAGUUUGACUUCUUCCUGAGGAUACGGGGCGGGUUGCUCACUAUGGUCCAGGGCUCCGGAGGGGAGUUGGUGUCGCCUCCUCCCUCCCGUACACCUUGAGCCAGGACCCACAGUUACUAGCCGUCUAAAGAUGUACAGCCCCCUCUUCCUGUGCAGUCUCUACCGUUCCACUUGUCCAGUUCCGCGGCUACCCAACAAGAAUGGCAAGAAACUCUGUGGUAUUCAGAGAUGUGGGUGGGGCUGAAGAGUGGCUAAGCCAGUGGGCAGUUAGCCUUGUUGAACUGAUAGGGUUGAGAAUGGGGCUAGACUCCUCAUUGGGUGGUCUUGGGUAGAUCCUGAAGGAGACUGGAAGCUCUUGGAAAUUAGCAGGAUCUGCUCUGGUUACUUUUAAGGGGAAGGUGUAGGGGUCAAGGCAGGAGACCUCUGUUCGGAAUGGGCUCCAGGAUUUGGAUGGGGACUUUGAAGGCUUGCUUGUUAACCCUGUCACUGAAGCAGCUGGGACCUGAUCUCUGUAACAUUCCCUCCAAGCAUCCAAUAUGGACUGGAGGUUAUACAUCUCAUCAGGAGCUUGUGGUGCCUAGCACUAAGAAGGGACGGUCCCCGAGGACAGCCAGGACAGGGUAGGCACUGGGUCUUCAGGAAGUUUAAAUAGCUGCUGUCCAGUAUCUGAAGGAUGUCAAAGGAGACCACGGCUGGCACAGCACUCCCAUUCACACAUCCAAACUUGUUCAGGUAUCACUUGCCGUGCACCCCAACCUCACUGAUAGUAGACACAGAAUGUUCUAUGGACAAAGGGAUGAGUGAUUUUGCACAUCUGUCUUCACAGAGAGAGUGCUGAGCUUUCUGUUGAGUGAUCUCUCCUGGACAGGAAAAGAUAUUCCAGAUGAGCCAAGUCCAUGGCGUGGGCCUGGCAAGAGCACAUUUUGAAAAGCAGCCCCCCUCCAACCUCAGGAAGUCCAACUUCUUCCACUUCGUGCUGGCCAUGUACGACCGGCAGGGGCAGCCCGUGGAGGUGGAGCGCACAGCCUUCAUCGACUUCGUGGAAAAGGAUCGAGAGCCUGGGACAGAAAAAACAAACAACGGGAUCCAUUACCGUCUUCGGCUGGUGUAUAAUAAUGGACUUCGGACAGAACAAGACCUCUACGUACGACUUAUUGACUCCAUGUCAAAGCAGGCUAUCAUCUAUGAGGGACAGGACAAGAAUCCCGAAAUGUGCCGGGUGCUGCUCACUCAUGAGAUCAUGUGCAGUCGGUGCUGUGACCGCAAGAGCUGUGGUAACCGGAACGAGACGCCUUCUGAUCCAGUCAUUAUUGACAGGUUCUUCCUCAAAUUCUUUCUCAAAUGCAACCAGAACUGUUUGAAGAAUGCCGGGAAUCCCCGAGACAUGCGCCGCUUCCAGGUGGUGGUGUCCACGACAGUGAGUGUGGACGGACACGUGCUGGCUGUGUCAGACAACAUGUUUGUGCACAACAACUCCAAGCAUGGACGCAGAGCCCGACGCCUGGACCCUUCUGAAGGUCAGGACUCCCAGCCCAGCCCUGGCCAGCCUCAGUCUCUGCCUUGGUGCAGUCCCUUGACCUGGGUCCUCUCCUACCUCCCAGCUGCCACCCCAUGCAUCAAGGCCAUCAGCCCCGGGGAGGGCUGGACCACGGGAGGCGCCACCGUCAUUAUCAUCGGAGACAACUUCUUCGACGGGUUGCAGGUCGUGUUUGGCAACGUGCUCCUGUGGAGCGAGCUCAUCACUCCCCAUGCUCUCCGGGUGCAGACGCCACCACGACACAUACCCGGGGUAGUAGAAGUGACCCUCUCCUACAAGUCCAAGCAGUUUUGUAAAGGAGCCCCUGGCCGCUUUGUCUACACAGCCCUGAAUGAACCCACCAUUGACUACGGAUUCCAGAGGCUACAGAAAGUCAUUCCCAGACACCCAGGAGACCCUGAGAGGCUACCCAAGGAAGUGCUGUUGAAAAGGGCGGCUGAUUUGGCGGAGGCUCUGUAUGGAGUGCCCAACAGUAACCAGGAGCUCCUCCUGAAACGGGCGGCGGAUGUAGCCGAGGCUCUGUACAGCGCCCCGCGCGCGCCUGCACCACUCGGACCCCUGGCCCCCAGCCACCCGCACCCCGCUGUCGUGGGCAUCAACGCUUUCAGCAGCCCUCUGGCUAUCGCCGUCGGGGAUGCCACACCGGAGCCGGGCUAUGCCCGUAGCUGCGGCAGCGCGUCUCCCCGGUUCGCGCCCAGCCCUGGCUCUCAACAAAGCAGCUAUGGCAGUGGUCUUGGAGCCGGCCUCGGUAGCUAUGGAGCGCCCGGUGUGACUGGCCUUGGCGUGCCCGGGUCCCCUAGCUUCCUCAAUGGCUCCACUGCAACCUCACCUUUCGCCAGCCCUCACAUCCCAGGGAGGCCUGAGCCUGCAGCCUGGUCAACAGGGACUCACUGCCCACGUGACACCCCAACCCUGCUGCUCACUCUGGUGCUGUCUCCUGUUGUGUCUCCCACUGCCUUCCCUGCUGCACCCGCCCCUUCCUCGCCCCGCCCCGGAGUCAUGCCCUCUAGCCCCCCGCUGGCGGCUGCCUCCUCCAUGUCCCUUCCGGCCGCUGCCCCCACCACCAGCGUCUUCUCCUUCUCGCCUGUCAACAUGAUCUGCGCUGUCAAGCAGAGAAGCGCCUUCGCCCCUGUGCUGCGCCCACCCAGCUCCCCAUCGCAGGCCUGCCCCAGAGCCCACAGAGAGGGGCUUCCAGACCAGCCUUUUGAAGAUACUGACAAGUUCCACUCUGCAGCUCGGGGACUCCAGGGCCUGGCAUACUCCUAAUCAUGGUGCUGUCCCCAGUGAGUCUGGACUGGAGGUCUUUCUGGUUUCACGUUCAUGGCUGGAUGGCAGCACAAAGAGAUAUAGGGUCAGGACUUUGAGUGGACCUCAAUCCCUGGGAUGCACAGGGAGAGGCCUUCACCUCUGUGCUGGAGGCCCCCUCAUACCUAAAGACCUUCAUGUUUACCUCUCUUUCUUGGGGCACAUAAGAAGCCCAGCACUGUGAGGACGCUCUUGGCAGAAGGGCAUCAUAGGGAGGUGUUGGGAUGUUGGGCCUUACUAUUGGUAAGAUGAGCAAGAAUCGGGAAUGGUGAGAAAGAGGACAGCUCAGGGAGAGGUCAUCAGGAGAGGCCCUGUUUGCAUCUGACCAAUCACACCUGACCUAGUAGCCACCUUCUCUCUUGUGAGCAAGGUGUCUAGCAGUCUCAGGAGGCCCAUUCAGGCUCCUAUGGAGCUGCCCACAAGUCCCUGGACCCCAAUGGCUGCCUUCACAUCCUCUGAGAGUAGCACAUUCAUGCUGAUCAUACCCCACAUCCCUGUGGGGGCUUUAGGCAUGGAAGCUGCAUAGAAGGGCCUCCUGGAUUUUGACUCUGACCCCAAUGGAUGUUUCAUGAAAUUUGUCCCCCUACCACCACACACCCAGCUCUAGCUGGCCCCAAAGAACAGCCUGGCUGCACCUUGGUGGCCUCACAUUCAUCAGAGUUUGGACAAAAUGGAACAAUAAAAACAGAUGCAGGUGGCCACGGGGCCUCUUGUGCCUGC